CCUGUGGUUUAAAAGCAAACCCAAAAUUAUGGCGGCCAUCAGUCUGUUAAACUCUACUCUCACCUUCCAAGAUUUACGAAAAAAACCUUUUUAAUCCAGAGUUUUAACUACAAGUAGUCCUCCGUUUCUUUUAGGUAUUUGCACGUCUUAAUGGCGCUUGUUCUUGGUGUUGGUGUUGGGCUUUUCGUCCUUAUUUUCUUCUGGGUUCUCGGUAUUCUUGGAUGUGUUUCGUUGUCUAGAGCAACAGGAGGACUGAAGAAUGCAGUGUUCGGAAUUGGUUUUCUUCUUAUUUUACUCACAAUAACCAUGCUGUUUUACCCAAGAAAGACAAAGGAGGAAGAACUAGCUGGAAGUUCAGGCAAAAAGGUGGAAGUUGACUACAUGAUCAUUCCAAGGACUGUUUUAUUUUCCUUUAUUUGUGUGUUUGCUGUGGUUGCUUUUGUUUUUGUGUUGAUAUUCCACUGGAUGGAGCCGAUUUAUUCUCCAGCACUUACCACAAGAAAGACUUACAGCUUCUAAAAUCCCAGAAAAAAAGAUAAAAAAAAGAAAGAAUGAAGGAAAGAAUGAAGGAUCUGUUUGCCUUGGGAACAACUUAAUCAUUACAGCUUUGAACUUUCUCAGAAAAAAAGUAGAGAAAGAAAGGAAUAAGAAAGAAAGAAAAAAAAACAGAUAAUGAAAGAAAUAAGAGAAGAAGGAAAGAAGUAAAAGAGAAAAAAUAGAAAU